CGCGCAACACACAGAACAGUAUUUUUGUCGAAACRGAGCAAGAGACACAGAAUGGCAUUGGAUUUGAUUCCAUUUCGAAACCUCUUCAUCUACCUUCUUCUUCUGGUGAUGUUCCAGCUUGGAUGGGUCGUCAAAGGAAUACCAUUCAUCAGCAAGAUCUUGGUCAAAGUUUUUAAUAAGAUCUCUAAUCUGUCUUCCCUUGGAGGCUUAUUGGGACUCGCUGUUCGGCUGGGAGAUGCUGGACACAGUUUGGCGCAACAUCCAGAGAUUGACUUGAACAAGAAGAUUGCAUUGAAUGAAAAAGCUCCCGAUGCACCUGUUUUGUGUCUGGAUGAACAUAGCAGCAUUGYAGGGGAAGAAAAGUUGACAAGCCUCCUGGAACACGCAUCAAGAGAUCGGCCUUUGGUUCUGAACUUCGGAAGCUAUACCUGCCCUGUCUUCAUUGCWAAACUGAAGGAGUUUUUCUUGAUGGAAAAGGAGUUUAAAGAUGUUGCCGAUUUUGCGAUUGUCUACAUCGAGGAAGCGCAUCCCUCUGAUGGGUGGGCAUUCAAGAGUGACUUAAAGAUCAAAGCUCAUAAAUCUCUUCAGGAUAGAUGUUCAGCUGCAAAGCGGCUUCAAGAAGACUUSAAGCUUCSCUGUCCARUCCUAGUCGAUAGUAUGAUGGAKACUGCGAAYAUGGCUUAUGGCGCAACACCAAUACGUCUUCACGUGGUYACGAAUGGAAUCCUCGAGUACGAAGGCGGCGUUGGGCCUUUUAUGUAUAACAUGAAUGAUCUCCGUGAUUGGUUGUCAAGGUACAAGACACUUAAGAAUUGAGAACYCGGAUGCAGCUGAUUGAUGGUGAAGACAAAGUCCCCAGAUGAACUUUAUGGACUGAUGGAAAAGCGUCUAACAGGAACUUAACUAUGAAGUCGUUAACACAACAUGWCAGSCAUGGACUUCAGGCGUGGAGUCAGAUGCGUUGUAUCAUGAACGAGCUUUCUCACACAYUUUUUGCUGACUGUUAGCGUGAAUUCCAAGUUAUCCAAACGGGMRUAAGUCACAGAAUCACAGUGAAGCAACAACAUUUUAGUUUUCGAAUAAACCAUUAUCAUUUUAUGGAUUGUUCAGCUCCAUUCUGCUGAAAAGUUCCAAGCCGUUCAUCUUUUGAACUUUCUGAUUCAGGGUGCUUUCUAUUUGUAAGACCUAACCUGCCCGAACUGUCCUGAUCUGAAAGUAAACUGAGGCCUUUUGUCGAGAGUUGUACGCAAUUUUUCCUAUAGUAUCGUCCAAUAGAAUCACUGGAUAUUUUUUUAGGAAUGGCUGGCAGGUCCAAAUAAUUGUGGAAAUCUCUUUGAGUCAGGAUAGUCAGUUUUGACAAAUCGAAAGCUCCAUACAGGCAAAGCUGGCAACGCUUAAACAAAAUAUAAACACAUAUCACACCACUUAUUAGAUACCAUCAGAGUCUUUUUCAAGCAAAUAUGUUAUCAAGCUUACAAAGGAACCAAUCAUAACAUUACGYAUUGCAUUGUGGCACAGAUUCGGUACAAAUCAGUAUAUUUUGUUCAUCUGGCCAGAUAUGAUAUUUCUUGUAACGAAGCUAGACCACAAUGCACCAUGAUUUGUAUUUCAUAAAACGCCGUACGCAGAAAGUCGUUUACUGACGGAUUGAAAUAAUUCAAAAUAUCAUACUUAUUCCACGUUAAUCAAUAAUUUAAGUUUCUAUCAUGUAUACAUAGCACAUACA